AGGAUGUACCCAUGGAAUAAGUGCCCUGUGCCCUUAGGGUUAUUGUGAUUGUACCAAGCUCUGUUCGUGCCCAGCUAGGAUGAGGACUGCUCUGGUACUGGUCACUUCAGGGCUUCUCCUGGUGAUAGGGGGUGUCUUCUGGAUAAGGAAAGAUCCUCAUCCUGUUGAACAACCUGGGCACCCCCAUCCACGACCUCCCAGGGCACUGCGCCUGCCUGCGCUUGCCCCGCAGACUCCACCGGUCACCGAGGGCCACUCCAGUGCCCAGGGGUUAUUUCCAGGGCACACGAACCCAGAGAACCGUUCACAGCCCAGCUUUUCCCUGGAGCAGGGCAUCUACUGGCCACGGGCACUGGAGAGGGCAUUGCCUCAAGGCUUUACGGAUGAAUACUCUCAACGUUGGCAGCAAUUUGCCCGCACUGCCAGCGUGGUGGCCCUGGAGAGAGGCUGUGGGCGCAGCACCAACCGGCUUGCAACCUUAUCAGAUGGCAGCAAAGCCUGCGUACGGUAUGGCAUCAACCCUGAACAGAUCCAGGGAGAAGUCCUCUCCUUCUACCUAUCUCGACUGCUGGGGCUGCCAGCUGUGCCACCCUGCAUCCUCUCCAAAGUGGGCAGCAUGCAAUGGGCACCGGUGCUAGCUGAGUUGGGGGGCACAGGCUGGGUAGCAGGAUCCUUUGUCACGAUGACCCCUUGGCUGCAUAACCUCAGCUCAGUCCUGCCACCCCUUGCCCUGCGAGCUGAGGAUGGCAAACUGCGCCCUUUGCUGGAGGAAUUACACUCAGGAUACACUGGAAUGGUCGAGCUGGCACAAUGGGGCGACUUGAUUGUCUUUGACUACCUGACCGCCAACUUUGACAGGCUGGUGAGUAAUCUUUUCAGCCUCCAGUGGGAUGCUCGGGUCAUGUUGCGCGGAACUAACAACCUCCAUCGAUCACCAGAUGGCACCUUGGUUUUGCUGGAUAACGAGGCCGGACUGGCACAUGGUUACAGGGUUCGGGACACCUGGGACAAGUACAACAAAGAGCUGCUGGCUACAGUGUGCCUGUUCCGCAGGGGCAUGGUGCGGAAACUGCGGGAGCUUUACUUAGGGCAACGCACCGCGGAGGAGCUGCACUCAUUGUACUUGGCUGGUGAACCGCUGGCCGCGGAACUCGGCUUAUUAACUGAGUCGGAGGCACAGGUCUUACAAGACAGAGUGGGACUUCUAUAUAGACACAUACAGAGCUGCCAGGACAGGUACAGCUGAUAAAUGUGGAUCUAGAACCUAAGGGUCACAUUUGUCAAGGACAACUUUCUUGUAGGACACUGCCACCAAAAGCAGAGAAAGUUUAAAAAUCUCGUUUUUUUUAAUAUAAAAGUUUACUAACUGUGUUAUCUGUAAAGAGAUGCUUGUACUA